AUGUCGAACUAUUCCUCGGAUUCUGAUGAUCAAAUUAUAAAUCCAAAGAGAUGGUUUGGUCAUGAAAAGCCAUUGCAUGCAAUUCUUGGAGGAGGGACAUUUGCUGACAUAAUGUUAUGGAGGAACAAGAAUUUAUCAGCUGCGAUACUGAUCGGAUUCACUGUAAUAUGGUUUCUGUUCGAGGUCGUGGAGUACAACUUUGUAACUCUUUUCUGCCACGUCUCAAUGGCUGCUAUGUUAGUUGUGUUUGCUUGGUCUACUGGGUCAGGACUAGCUGACAGGAAUCCUCCUGAUUUACGAGCCCUUACAAUUCCAGAGUCUACAUUUCGUUGGUUGUUGACCAAAAUCCACAGGUUUUUGUUGAAAUUCUAUGAUGUUUCUUCUGGGAAUGAUUUGAAGACCUUUUUCUUGGCCAUCGCAUUCCUAUUGGUACUUUCGGGUAUUGGAAACAACUUCAGCUCCUUGAAUCUAUUGUACAUUGGUUUUAUUUGCCUGGCCACAUUACCUGCCUUGUACGAACGGUAUCAAGAUGAGGUCGAUUAUCUUGCAAGCAAAGGGAACCGGGACAUGAAGAAGUUGUACAAGAAACUUGAUACCACGGUUCUGAACAAGAUUCCUAGAGGACCUGUUAAAGAAAAGAAGAGAUUCUGA